AUGGUUGUUAAGCUUGUGGUUGGGGGGCUUACUUUAAGAGUGAUUAGUUAUUAUGUUCCUCAAGUAGGCUUGGGCGAGGAGGUCAAGAGGCAAUUCUGGGAGGACUUGGACAAGGUGGUGCAUAGUAUUCUGGGCACCGAGAAUAUUUUCAAUGGAGGGGAGUUCAAUGGCCAUAUCAGGGCUAAUGCUGGGGGCUAUGACAAUGUGCAUGGAGGGUUCAGAUUUGGAGACAUGAACGAGAGAGGUACUUCGCUAUUGGAUUUCGCUAGAGCUUUUGAUUUGGUAGUAGCUAACUCGAGUUUUCCAAAGAGGGAGGAGCACCUGGUCACUUUCCGGAGUACGGUGGCCAAGACUCAGAAAAACUAUCUUCUCUGCAGGAAAUGUGAUAGAGGUCUUUGCAUGGAUUGCAAGGUCAUCCCGAGUAAGCCGGUGAGCAACAACUAUCCCAGUAGGAGCGAUCCCGCUCCAGUUCCUUCAGCCAUAUCAAACCUAACAAUUCCCGUAAACCUUUCAUUCACCCAGCCCUAG